AUGGUACUGGCUCAGGUAUCGGGCAAGGUACUGGCUCAGGACAAGGCACUGGACAUGGAAUUAUUGGCACCGGUUGUGGACAUGGUACUGGUACAGGUUGCGGAACUCUUAUGGGCACCGGAGUCUUCACUGGGCAAGGAACUGGAACUUGAACACGUACUGGACAUGGAACGUGAAUUGGCGGUGCGGGCGGAAACUGUAAUAUAA